AUGAGGGAAGCGCCGUUCUACCUGGGCGAGCUAGAAACGGGCGAGUGCAUCUCGCGAGCCGUCAAGACGCGCUGCCUCAACAAGCUUGAGACGCAGUACCACCUGGACGACGUGGCCGUCCGCUGCCAGCUCAACUUCCUGCCGGAGGUGCGCGUGCGGCCGCCGGCGCUGCCACCUAGCGGCGGCCCGGCGAAUCUGCUGACGUGUCGGCCGCUGCCCGGAUUCGGGCUGUGUCCGCGCCUGCGCCCCCUGGCGGAGACCAGUACACUGCUCUGCGACCCGAGCAGUGACAACCACCACCGCUGUGACACGACCCACUUCGUGGAGACCAGGUGCCGCCUCUUCGAGACGUGCGACCAGGCCGUGCUGCUGUCUGGCGGCUGGAACCGGCUGCACAGCGACCAGCGCAGCAGGAUCAACAUGCUGCACAUGUACCGCAUGCUGCACCACACCGGCUUCCACAAGCACAACAUCAAGGUGUUCUUCGCCAACGGCCACGACAACCCGGAUGGCAGCGAUGAAGCCUACCCGCGCACCUAUCUGCACGCGUCGGCGAUGAAGCUGGGUCUGCGCUACCACCUGCGGAAGAUGUGCGCCGAGCCGCACUGCGUCGACUCGCUGGUGGUGUACCUGAACUCGCCGGCGGCCAACGACGGGUCGGCGCUGCUCUGGGACGCUGACGGUGACGGCAUCGCGUCGCACCACGAGCGGUACCGUGUCUCGGAGCUGCUCUCGGACCUGGAGUCGUGCGCCGCGCGCCAGGUGCUCCUGCUCGUCGACCAGAGCUUCUCUGGCCGCGUGGUGCGCGCCAUAGCCAACUCGCCCAACCACGCCAACGUGCAGGUGGCGAGCGCCGGCAGCGCCGACGAGUACAGCUGGGGCGGCGAGUUCACGCGCGUGUGGAGCGCCACCAACCACUCGCGCGCCUGCACCUCACAUAUCAGCAAGUCGCUGCGGUCAGCCGUAUUCCGCUCGCACCCGGAGAGCGCCUCCGGCCCGGAGGUGCCGCCGGCGCUGACGCUGUUCGGCGCGCCCUGCGACAUCACGCCGGCGCUGACGGCCGCCGAGCUCAACAAGAGCUACCGCGGCUGCCAGAACCUGCCCAUUACCGUGUGGUUCCGUGGGCGCGUCGGCCGGCCGGCGGCCGCCUCGCUCGAGCAGCUGGUUCAGGAGGCGGCCACCAGACGCAGCCGACCACCGGAGCACCCGUACGUCCGUAUCUAA